CUGCUCUGUCCCCUGUUUCAGACGGAAUGAACAGCUCAUGUUCAUCUCCCUACUCUUUCCUCUCUUGACCCUUCUUCUUCUUCUUCUUCUCCUUGUUGUUCAAUAAAGCACUUGUUUCUUUAACUUUAAUGGCAAAAUCAAACACCUUUAAACCCAGCAAGAGGCAAUCCUACAUUUCUGUUCCGUCUCAGAUCAUCACCUCUCUAUCGUCUUCUUCCCUCCAGUCUCUCCUCCUUUCGCCUAAGAAAAACAACUCCAACAGGUUGUUGUUGUUGUUGUUGUUGUGGUGUAGAAGGUCGAGAGUUUGGCUGUUGGGUCUUUUUUUCUUUGCUUUUUUUGGCAUGUUCAAGUUGGCCUUGGAUUUCGAUGUUGACCCUGGAAUCCUCCCCUUGUCUCCUUCUUUGGAAACUGAAUCUCAAUCUCAAGACUUGCUCUCUAACUGGCACUCAAAAUCACUGCUUGCUUUUGUUUCCAACAAGGAAGAUGCAUCUUCUGUAAAUGCAAGUGGGUAUUAUGAGUUUUGGACGCAGCCAGAUGGGAUGGGAUACAGACCCUGUAUUCAAUUCAGUGAGGAGUAUAGGAGGGACAGUGCAGCGAUUGUCAAGGACAGGAGAAAUUAUCUGCUAGUGGUGGUUUCGGGUGGCAUGAAUCAGCAGAGGAAUCAGAUUGUUGAUGCUGUGGUGAUUGCUAGGAUUCUUGGAGCUGCUUUAGUUGUUCCCAUCUUACAAGUCAAUGUCAUCUGGGGUGAUGAAAGUGAAUUUGCUGAUAUAUUUGAUUUGGCGCACUUCAAGAAGGUUCUUGCCGAUGAUGUGCAUAUAGUUUCAUCGUUGCCUUCGACUCACAUAAUGACAAGACCUGUGGAGGAGAAACGAACUCCACACCAUGCCUCACCCCAGUGGAUUCGUGCACGUUAUCUUAAGCGGAUAAACAGAGAAGGGGUUUUGCUUUUAAGAGGUCUGGAUUCAAGGCUCUCUAAAGAUCUACCUUCUGAUCUUCAAAAGCUUCGUUGCAAGGUGGCAUUUCAAGCCCUUAGGUUUGCUCCAUCAAUUCUUCAACUUGGUAAUAAACUUGCAGAAAGGAUGAGGAACAAGGGCCCUUACCUUGCUCUUCAUCUUCGAAUGGAAAAGGAUGUCUGGGUGAGGACUGGUUGCCUUCCUGGUCUGAGCACGGAGUAUGAUGAGAUGGUAAACAAUGAGAGAAAACAACGACCUGAGCUUCUAACCGGAAGAUCACACAUGAGUCACCAUCAAAGAAAACUUGCAGGACUCUGCCCCUUGAAUGCUUUGGAAGUGACCAGGCUGCUCAAAGCUUUGGGGGCUCCGAAAAGUACACAAAUAUACUGGGCUGGAGGGCAACCACUUGGUGGGAAGGAAGCCUUAUUGCCAUUAACCAGAGAAUUUCCCCAUUUCUACAACAAGGAAGACCUUUCAUUGCCUGGUGAACUUGAACCAUUUGCUAAAAGGGCUUCUUUUAUGGCUGCCAUUGACUAUAUAGUUUCCGAGAAAAGUGAUGUUUUCAUGCCAUCUCAUGGGGGAAAUAUGGGCCACGCACUUCAGGGACACAGGGCAUAUGCAGGGCACAAGAAGUACAUAACUCCUAACAAAAGACAGAUGCUUCCUUAUUUUUUGAACUCGUCUCUUCCUGAGGCAGAGUUCAACAGAAUCAUAAAGCAGUUGCACCGAGAAUCUUUAGGACAGCCAGAACUCAGGACUAACAAAGCUGAAAAGGACGUGACAAAGUAUCCAGUCCCCUCGUGUAUGUGCAAUGAUUCACAUCCUCGGUCCUCCGUGUGAUGGAGAUGUCAAGGGCACCAACAUGAUGUGGAUUGCUUUGUUGGAAAAAUAAGAUUUUUUGGUGCCUACUCUGAAUUGGAGCUCCUCCCUUCAAAACCUUGUCAUGGAUCAUGGAUAACGGAUGAUAUUCAGGGCAGUAAUGAUUCAAUGGAGCACCGUUGAGAAGAAUGAUUAUGGCCUCCUGCCAACACUUUUGGCGAGAAGGUACUCGCCUUUGUUCUCUGGUCAUAGGAUCUACUAGCAUCAAUGUAUCAGUAUGCACUUGACUGUUUGAGGUGUCAGUAUUACGAUGAUAAUAAAUGAUUCUUUAAUUCUUUAUAGCAUUUGCUCCCUUUUUAUUUUUUAUGUUUUAUCUUUUGGGGUCUGUAUCUCAGGCAUGGUAGCUGCCAUCAUUGUUACCAAAUACAUGUAGUACCUCAUUCUCAGGCACUGUUACACAUGUAUAUAUGUCAGUGUCAAUGAGAACAAGCUGUCGUCGUACUGCUCCUCAACCUCAUCCCAUCAAUCUGAUACAUUUUGAUUCUAGUUUGAGUCUGACUUUUAUGACUGUUCAGUUAAGUUGCAACAGAAUCGAAUGGAAUAUUAUUGAGUGGUAUUUUGAUGAGAAGAAAGUAUAAGGAACAAUCGCAUCUCGCCUGCUAUUGUUAUGUUGUUCAGCUGGUGCAGAUUUGGUUGACACAAAUAGACAUGAUGGAAGCUGGCACAGUUAAUUUUGCGAUGUCCUAGACCGUCUGAUUUUGAUCAAUCUAAUCUUCGACAACAGAGAAGUAUAGCUUAUCUGCCUCAUUUGGCUCUGUUUAUCUAGAACUAGAAUGAGAAGGCAUAAAAUUUAGCUUAUUGUUGGAGAAAAUUUCAGCAAGAUUUCUCAGAACUGAUAUUUGAACAUGGAAUGGCUUUACAUUCCCAAUGUAAUGGCUUUGUUUGGAAUUUAUCAUACCAAGCACUUUUUCCCACAAUACUUUAUUUAAAACUAUAAAUUUAUAAUUAAUUU